CGGGCGGGGGGUGGGGGGAGAGUGAGAGGAGAAAAAGCCGAAUAGGAAGAGAAGCACAACCGUGGGUGCCCGCAACCAUGAAAGGGUCGCAACGCUUGCGAGAGCCGCCGAUUUCCCUAUGGACUAUGUCGUGAACAGUGGGCUAGAUCGCUGGGAUUUUUGUCAAUAAUACGACCCACCAAGGAGGGGUAAAAUAUGUCCGCCUCGGUGGGGCCCCGCGGCGGCCCUCGCCCACCCACAAGGCAGCCUUCGAUGCCAGAGAUGCCGGACCUCAGCCACCUUACGGAGGAGGAGAGGAAAAUUAUUAUGGCUGUGCUAGUUCGGCAGAAGGAGGAAGAGGAGAAGGAGGAAGCCAUGUUAAAAGAGGAAAAGCCUGUGCAAGUCAAACAAGUGAACCUGGUUGGACAGAAGAAACCUCCCCAGCAAAAUGACAUCAGUUUGCACCAGCAGUUUUCCAGCUAUAAGGAGCAGGUGCGUCGGCAGGUGAGCGUUGAGACGCGGCAGCAGUCGGGUCAGGCGAAGGACGACGCGCCCACCUGUGGCAUAUGCCACAAGACCAAGUUCGCCGAUGGCUGCGGCAAUGUCUGCUCCUACUGCCAGACCAAGUUCUGUGCUCGCUGUGGGGGAAGGGUCUCUCUGCGUGCCAACAACGACGAUAAAGUGAGUCUCAUUCUGAAAGACAGGGUCAUAUGGGUGUGCAACCAGUGCCGUAAGCAGCAGGACAUCCUCACCAAGUCAGGGGAAUGGUUACCGGGCCAGGGCCCCAAGCAGGGGGGGCUGGGCUCGGCCGUGAGUGACCCGGCCAUGUGCGGCGACCCGGCAGGGGGCCAGAAGAAGGUGCGCUCCCGGUCGCAAGCUCCGCUCGGCUCCUCCACCUCCACUGCCCACAACUCCCAGCAGCAGCAGCAGCAGCUGGGGACCGCCACCGGGGACAUGUCCUCUACGCGCUCCCUCAGCGAACCACCUGGGACAGGAAAAAGCCUCCGUCAGGGCUGGAGCAGGAGGACAAGGCUGGGGGCCACGCGGAGCGCCGGCGGUGCCUGGCCAAAAUCCACUCCCAGGGCUCCGAGGAACGGGAGGCCGGUGGGCCAGCCCGAGCCGGCGUCUGUCGAGAGAGAGAGAGAGAGUAGCAGUGUAGAGUUGAAGGCAGACGAGGGUGUUAAGCCACAGGUGACUGGGAGUGCUACCCUCUGGAUCCAGCUGCAUGGCAUGUAA